AAGUUGAAGAACUGUCAAAGUGACAUUACACAAAACGCCCGUGCUGCUUUGUGUGUGAAUGAAAAUUCACUAAAAUAGCAAAAUUUAACUAAAAACCAUGGCUUUCAAAACGGAUUUACGACAAUUAUUAAAGCCGUAUUACUGGGUCAACAUACUACUAAGUAUAUCAUACGUUAUGUGCAAGAGGACGGCUAUAAUUUGCCAGUUUCUGCAUCCGGAAAAUGACUGCGAACUGGACAGUCGGGAGACGGAAAUUCUGUUUUUCCUCAUAAUUGUCGUGAUGCUGAGGACCAGGAAGGCGGGCAGUGUGACUAUGGUUAACUACCUAUCAUCCUCUUUCGUAUACACAAAGAUCGCCAACCUUAUUCUAUGGUUUUACGCUGAUGUGAGAUAUGGAUUGGCAUUCGGUGCACUGUUCAUUCUGUGCGGCCUGCUGCUGCCUGAGCCCACGUACCAGGGUCCAGAACACAUCAUAUACUUCAGGGGAACACAGAGUCUUGAUGAGGAGCUCCAGCGCAACAAGAGUGCGGUGUGGGUGAUCUGCCUGUAUGCGGCGUGGCACCCGGCCUGUGUCACAUUCGCGCCGGUCUUCUCCGAACUCUCCUCGGCCUACGCCCUGGACAACCUGAAGUUUGGCAAGAUGGAUGUUGGCAGAUACCCGGACGCCGCAGCCCGCUACCACGUGCAAGACGGCCCCACGAGCCGCCAGCUGCCCACCGUGCUGCUGCUGCGGAGCGGCGCGGAGACGGAGCGCCGCCCCAACGCUGACCGCACCGGGAAGCUGCAGAAGUUCCUAUUCUCCAAAGACAACUUGAAGGCGGCUUUCGACCUGGACGGGCUCUACCAGGAGUGCAAGGAGAAGCUCGCCAGCGCCAAGAGCAGCAAGAAGACCCAGUAGACCCGCCGCUGACCCAGUAGACCCACCACUGACCCGGUAGAUCCACCACAAGUGGGUUACUAUAGCUUGACAAAACAAAUGACAGCUGUCAUGCAAU